GGCUUGUUCGACGGCACUUAGGCUCACACUCAACAUCGGUACCGUACUACUCACAUUCAGAGGAUAUGGCAAGGACUCACACCCCCUUCACUCUGAGCCUUUGACACCCGUCACAUGUUAGCGAUCUUGAUUCCUUGAUGUCCUGAACCAACCUUCGUUUUGCUUUUGUUGACCUUUCAAAAUUUACAAGCAACACUGAUGUUGAGCGUUGACUUAUAGUCUGUCGACGUCUACGAAUGUCCUCCCAUGAGAUUCGCUACGUUGUACUAUAAGUAGUGGUCGCACUACUACUACUACUACAACUACUUUUGAACAUCAAGUAGUAGAGCAGACGAGAUGACGAGAACAAGAACAAGAAACUACAUGACUAAGCGGCGGCUCUUACGCCUCGCCCCUUUGUGGGCGAUUCCGUCGACACCGACGUGGGCAAGACAGGGGAGGAGUUGUCAAGGAAGCUUGAGAGGGUCCGCCUGUGGAUCCUCAAGCGACAAUAGCAGCACCAAUAGUCCGACGAUUCCCUCGAAUCCACCUUCAUCUUCUGGUAAUUCUGCUGGUUCUACUUCUAGUGGUUCUUCUAGUAGUUCUACGGUGGACCACAGCACUCCUGCAACUGAUCAGGCAUCAACCAAUAAUGCUGAGCAGGCGGCCCCAGCAAAGAAUACAGCUGCCUCGUCCGCUCCGGCUCAGGCCACAACUGGGCCUGAGGAUCAUCGGGUACCUUUUUACAUAUUCUUAGAAAAAUACCAAAACCAAAAUGAAUUGAAAAAGAAAACAGAACUCGACUAUGCAUCUUUUAAGUUAAAAGAUGCAUAGUCGAGUUCUGUUUUAACGGACGACUUGGUUGCUACCGCUAGUAGUAGUACUGCUGCUGCAGUACUACGUACCAGUUACGUAGAAUUUAUCAUGUAAGUACAAAAAUUCAUAUUUUUUCCCCGCUCCGAUGCACCACGAGCACGACCUAUGGACGAAGGCGAAGGGAAAUGAACACUAAAUCAUCCUUUCACGCUCAGCCGCCCGAUGACGAGAGCAAGCCUAGCUGUGGCCGGCUGUUCCGAGCUCGUGACAGUGAAGCCUAUAAGUGGUUGACAGGGGAAGGUCAUCGACGAACCUACGAUCGAGAAGGCGUUAUGAAAAUAUUUGAUGACCCGGAGGGGCCGGCGCGUGGAAUGGAUUUGCUCACUAUCGCUGAGAAAAAAUUGGACGAUGACUGUCCAAAGAGCGUGGAAAGCUUAUGGUUUUUUUGACUGCUUGCUGGACGUCUUCUAGCGCCAUCGGACAUCGAGUAUCCAUCCAUGCUUACUUACUUUCCCAAGAGGAAAAUAAGACGCGUCGAAGGGCCGAUGGGGGAAGGGAUGUCGUGAUUGGAACAGCUCUAACAAUGGGAUCAAAGAAGCUGCAGACCCAGUGGCCAGAUCGCGCCUCCACCCUGCUGCGGUUCCUACGCAAUAACGCGCCGGAAAAUGUAAAGGCCAAGGCCGACUGGAAAAAUUAAGGUUGCUUGGUUCACCUUUAAUUGAGUAACAUCUCACGUGGCCAUGGCCUAUUCUGAGUGCGUUAUUUCCCUCAUUGUAGAAUUGAUUCAAGUGAACAAACCGAGCAGGCACGACUCGGGGGAAAGAAGCAACGCUCAGGGUAGAGAAAUCGCCACUCAGCCCGAGAGAAUUUUGAUGAGACACGACUUCUAAGCUGAUAUCUUUGAGCAUUCAGAGAGACUAGAGAGCCAGAUGGCAGAAGCUCGCAGACAAGGGGAAGAAGCUCGCAGACAAGCGGAAGAAGCUCGCAAACGAAAGGCAGAUGCUCACCAGCAAGCUGAAGUUGAGGUAAGAGAACAAGUACCGCAACAAAAUCCUCUGUAGUGACGAUUCCUCCUGCCAAAUAUAUCACUUGUGAAAGCGAAAAUACUAUACUAUAACACAAGCCGUCGGCCCUGUCGUUGGGAUUUUGUAACAAGCAGCUCCGGGAGAAAACUAAAACCAAGAAAGGGAAAAGGAGCAAGUGCCCGGCUUGGCGGGGGGGGGGUGCCAGAAUUACUGCCCUGGCGGGGCUCUUUCAGAAGGGCUCUACUGGCUGAGCAUGUUCAGCGUGGCUGUCUUGGGUGGGCUGUUUCAGAUUGUCUGUCUUUGGCGGGCUCUUUCAGAUUGGCGGCCUUGGCGGGGCUGUUUCGCGAUGGCUCUCUCGGCGGGGUUGUUUCCGUGAAGACAUGGAAAUGGAUCGCCAAGAACAAACCCGCAACAACUUGCAACGAGACCGCAUGAGGCUCCGCGGUUGUUGUCUGUGGUUUUUGUGGUUUCUCUGUUCUUCUCUCCAGGCUUGGGAGGCCUCUGGUGUUGUGCAUUCGUUUGAGAAUUUGGCGCGUGGCUGCGCCGCGGACUGGUUCGCCGGCUUGUGAUGCUCUCGGCGCAGUGGUUGGCUUGUUGGUGUGUGGGUUGUGUCGGUUUCGUUUUCGGAGCUCUUGUUGGCUUCGUUUUAAUGGGACAAAGACAAGGGCUGCGCGCGUGACCCUCGGCAACUUUCCGCCAAGAUUUUCCGCCGCCGGUGAUUGUCGGCGCGGUGGUCUCCAAGAACCGGCCCCGCCCCGGCGACCCCGAGCCGGCUCCGCCCCGGCGAGCCCGCGCCGGCCCCGCCCCGGCGUGCCCGAGCCGGCCCGGCCCCGCCCCGGCGAGCCUGAGCUGGCCCCGGCGAGCCCAGUUGGCCCCGCGAGCCCGCCCGCGAGCGCACCCCCUCGCGAGCCCGAGCCGGCCCCGGCGAGCCGGAGCCGGUCCUGGCGAGCUUGAGCCGGCCUUGGCGAACCCAAGUCGGCCCCGGCGAGCCGGAGCCGGUCCUGGCGAGCUUGAGCCGGCCCCGGCGAGCCCGAGCCGGCCCCGCUCCGGCGAGCCUGAGCCGGCCGCGAGCACACCCCCCCCGCGCGGGCGCGCGCGCGCAUGGAACGCGCGCGUGCCUUAUUUCGUGCGUAACGCGCGCGCGCGUGACACGCUAUAACGCGCGCGCGUAACGCGCGCGCGCGCGUAACCCGCGCGCGCGCGUUACAGUUUUCAUACCUUAAAAAGAUGAAAAAUUUCAGCUUAAUAAUAGACUUAGCUGAAACCGGCUAAUUUUGUCCUCGUAGUAAAUCUUAGACUUCCCAUUCGGAUUCGUCCCUUCAUUACUUAUUAUAAUUUAGAUGGAACAAACGGGAUAACCUGGUUCUGAAUGAAUGAAACCACCCAGAUGCCGAAUGUGGAGCCGGAUGCGGACGGUAGUCAUCUUAAGUGCGGCGACGUGAUACAGACACAGAGGAACUGCCGUGCACAGCAACUAACAUGGGAUAUAAGUGAGAAAUUCAAGGAGGGCACUGACCCGGCCACAUCGUGUUGUCGCUAUCAAGGGGGUUAACUAAUCCCCGCAAGAACUGAGAAUUUUAGUAAUCGCAAGUCUUGAAGGAAGUCUUAUCAUCAUUAUUGAAAAACUACGCAAGAUGCUGUGUAGUUGUACUUGUUGUAACUCAAAAUUUAAACGACCUUCGAGUUUUGUUUCUUUCGGUUCGUUCCGAGUUAGGUUGGCUCUACCACUAUUAGAAUGACGUAAGAAAAUAUAGAGAUACAAAUGUUAAUCAGUGUAGAUGAAAGAAAGACCUUGAUGUGAAUUAUAUGGCUACAGAAUGGAGGAAAAAUUACAAAACGGUACUCCCGAAUCACUCUUGAAGUAUUUCGCAAAUUGUGAAGACAACGUCUUGAGAUCACGUUCAGAUACAGGAGUAAGAUGAAUUUAAAAGGCUGCACGACUAUUACUAGUAUUUAUCAAAUACAAUUUUUCAUAUUCAUCUUCAGACUAACAAACACGAUAUCAAUAAACAAAAACAUGAAGCAACCGAACAAGAAGACCAGGGAGUCUCUGCAUAGAUGUGCACAAGAUAUUCUUUCAAUCAAAUUAUGCGUAUACGCGGACGAAACGGAGCGUCAUCUAUGGAAAUCUCCGCCCCUGGUGGGAAGGGAGACCUAAGAACCCCUGGGGGGGCGCCACCUCUGUGUGGACUAAAACUGGUGCGAAUUUCCGCCCCUGGUGGGGCGGCGGUUCUACUUGGGCGCCCCAGGUGGGACGCCUCUCCAAGAAGAACCGCCUGCGCGCUUCUUUUUGCCUUUGCCUGCGUGUUUUAGCGCGCUCUCUCUAGACGAGAAAGCGCGAGGCCCUUACACUUACUGUCCUCCCUGGGAAAUACUUGGGAAGCCCUCUGCGUGAGGUUUCUGGUCGUUUCCCUCCGAUGAUGCACAAGAACGAACACGAAGAGAGACGGCCAGCCCGGGGCGCCCUCCUCCAUUGUGUGCCAGGGCUCUCGCACUCUUGAUGAGGUGAGUGACCCGCCAAGGGCGCAGGAGGAGCAGGGGCGCGGUGGUGAUGGUUUCGGUGCUCCGCGUGUUCUGAGUGUCCGUGGUGAGGAGAGGCCCACCGCCCCGGCAGGUUGGUGCCGCCUCGGUGUUUUCCAUGGGGGCAAGGGGGUCGGUGGGUUGCAGGUGCGAUGCCCUGCGUGGCUUUGUUGGUUGCUUGUGUUGCUUGGUUGCUGGAUGUUUGUCGGACAGUCUACCCGGCCCAGGUGUGUAACCUGGUCGCCCACCUCGCCCUCGUAGGGAUGAGGUGGCCCCCCGCCCUCUGCCUCUGUUCUUGCCACCAUCACGCACGCUACAGCUACCUAGGUUCUUAGCUUCUCUCUGGGCUCCGGUCGCUCGGCUCCGGCAGCCGUGUUGAGGAGGCCAAGGCGGAACGGUCCCUGUUGUUGCUGGACGACACAGCUGAACACCUGCCGCCGGCUCCCUGGUUGGAGUUUGUUUCCUUUCGAUCUCUGGAACACGCGCGCGCGUGACGGCAUGGCCCCUACCCGGCCACAAGUUCCCCUGGAGAUUCUACACGGGCGUCCCGACUUGCCGCAGCUGCAUCGCGUGAGCCUUGUAUGUUCAUUCUAGCAGGCCGCUUGCUUUGCCGCACCCUAGUGAGUAAGGCCCAACGCGUUGCCGAACUCCUUCUAUACAUACAUACAUCUAUGGAAAUGCAUCAGUCGAAACAAACUGUAUAAUUAGGUGUUGGCGCUG